GUACCUAGCUGUGUUGGCAAACCGUGUUUUGUGAAAUGUGUCAUAGUUUUUGUUAUGUUCUCCUUCUUUCCUUUCAGAGCGAUUAAUAAUUUGGUGAAAGUGUUCAUUAAACAGAAAGACUGGAAACAAAUACAUCUUGGAAACACUGAAGCAAUGGUUGAAAGAAUGGUGACUUUGGAAGCAGCAAAAGGACAAGCACUAGCUGGUAGAGGGCUCUGCUUUCUGGAAAGAGGUGAAUUGAAGGAAGCCCUGAGAGAUCUUCAUCUCAGUUUCCAGAUGACACCAGGGUCACAUAUUAAGAUGUUGCUGUCUGAGGUCUUGUGGAGGCUUGUUCGUAGAGAGGAAGCAUCAGCACACUGGAGGGAAGCCCAUAGUACUUCAGAUGCACCUAAAUCAGUAAAUGUGCUGCUGUAUUUGCAGCUAUGGCCAGAUGACACAGCUUUUGACUUCAGUGAGUUGAAGAAGAAGAUUGUGGAAUACAUUCAAGCCAAAAAGACAUGCGAGAUGUCAGAAAGGAUGUUCUCUACUAAAUUCUGCUAAAUUGCACCAUUUCACUUUUUUGGUGUGUCCAAACCAGAACUACAUACAGAAAAGACAGUUUGUGUUGCCUAAUUUCCUUUUCAGAUGUAACCAUGUAGCAUUCCACUUGUCAGAACAAAUGAUUUGUGAGCUCAAGAAUGCAUCCAGACUGGUAUCAGAUUCUUUAUAUAUCGUAUG